AUGCUCCCGCAAUGCACCGGCCCCGUCUGGGCCAUCGAUGACCUCUCCAAAUGCUUCCAGCGCAAUAUCUUGCAAAUCACGCUUCCGCUCGCGGUCUGCGCUAUCUCCUUGCUUUUGAUCAUCGUCCGUCUCGCCCAUCGCUUCACAACUAACCGCAAAGGUGUCGCUUACAAAGUCCUUGCAAACAAUGGCCCCGAAGAUGACGUUCCCAAUGGCCACGAAAGCGAGUCCGAUCCCAUACUCCUCCAGGCCGUGCAGAGCGAACAAUCACAGUUCGAGGUCGAUCGCCCGCGUGGAGAAGUCACCAUUGUCGCCAUCGAAAUCGCCUCGCUGAUCGGCCUGGUCGCGAUUCACGUCGUCGGCUUGACCACAGACGGCUGGGGCCGUCAUGGAGCCGUUCCUGCGACAGCCGGUUUGAUCUCAUGGGGCUACAUAUUGUUCUUGGUUUUGGUUCGCCUUCUACUGUCCACCAUGGAUAUUCUCACGGCUCCCAGACUCUGGACCCAUACCGCCCUGUUGUAUAGUGCCCAAUGGCUGUUGAACAUCAUGGUGUUCCGAUCUGCCAUCAUUCACCCGAUUUCACAUCACGCCAUGACCCUCAGUAGCAUUCAAUUCGCCCUGAGCACAUUGCUUCUCUUCAUUGCCCUGACUACCCGUCGAGGCAACAAGCCGGUCCUGGUCGAGCAUGAGGAGGGAUUAGAGCCCCCGCGACACCCCAUGGCUAGUCUUCUGUCUCUUGCGACUUUCUCCUGGCUCGAUCCGUUGGUCAUGAAAGGCUACCGACAGCCUCUGGAGCUGAAGGAUGUCUGGAACUUGACUCCGUCCCAGAAGGCUGCCACGGUCCUGACGGACUUCCGUAAGAGGCAAAUGAAGGGUUCAUUGGCCUGGAAGCUGAUUCGAUUCUUCGCCUCGACUAUUUUGAUUCAGGGUGCCUGGACCAUCUUCGCCAAUCUGUUCGUUUUUGUUCCGAGUAUGCUACUUAAGGCCAUCCUUGAAUACGUCGAGGACCCCCGUUCGACAACUCCUAAUGCGGCCUGGUUGUACGCCAUUCUUCUCUUCUGCUCCGCUAUUGUCCAGGGUGUAGCCGACGGCCAGGCCCUGUUUAUUGGCCGAAAGAUGGGUGUUAAGAUUCGCGCCAUCAUCAUUGGUGAAAUUUACUCCAAGGCGCUCAGACGUAAAGCCGGUGCGUCCAUGGAAGCCACUCGCAAGGUCGUCGAGGAACCUGCUGCAUCAAAGGACACAAAGCAGAAGAAAAGCAAAUUCUUUUCCUUCGGUCGUAAGAAGAAGGACAACAAUAAUAAUGAUACCGAGUCUGGCAAAAAGCCAGAAUCUGAUCUGGAGGAUGCCAACGUGCAAGCCAAUGUCGGUACCAUCAUUAACCUGAUGGCCAUCGAUUCGUUCAAGGUCAGCGAGGUUGGCGCCUACCUUCACUUCUUGUGGGCUAGUGUUCCGGUGCAAAUUAUCAUGGCCAUCACACUCCUCUAUAAGAUUAUGGGCUUCAGCUCUUUUGCUGGCAUCGCGUUGAUGGUCCUCAUGUUGCCCAUUAACCUCUUCAUCGCUCGGCAGUUCAACAAGGUCCAGAAUGCGAUCCUCAAAGGCACCGAUGCUCGUAUUCAUGCAACCAACGAGGUUCUUCAAAAUAUCCGCAUCAUCAAGUACUUUGCCUGGGAGCAACGGUUCCAGGAUAUCGUCAAUGAGAAGCGCAAGGCCGAGCUCAAGUCCCUGCGCCGUCGCUAUAUUCUUUGGUCUUCCGCCGCUACCGUCUGGUACGGAACACCGAUCUUGAUCACAUUCAUGUCCUUCUUCUUAUACACCGUCGUUGAGAAGAAGCAAUUAACCCCGUCGAUCGCCUUCCCUGCCUUGUCGAUGUUCUCGCUCUUGCGUGUGCCCUUGGACCAGCUUGCAGACAUGGUUGCUCACGUCCAGGAAUCAAAGGUCUCUCUUGAUCGUGUAGAUAAGUAUCUGAACGAGGAGGAGACCGGAAAGUAUGACCAGCUACGUGAUAGCAGUGUCUCCGAUGGACCGGCCAAGAUCGCUCUAGAGAAGGCUACCUUGUCCUGGAGCACUUCCGGCCCUCGGCCGCAGCCCUCUUCUUCUUCCGAUGAUGGUGCUGAUGCCUUCCGUUUGAUCAACAUUGAUGUCGACUUCCCUGUUGGUCGUCUCAGCAUUGUUGCUGGUCCCACUGGCUCCGGAAAGACAUCUCUCCUCAUGGCCCUGCUCGGUGAAAUGAAACUUAUUGAAGGCCGUGUCCAUCUUCCUGGAGGCAUGACGAGCCGUGCGGAUCUCCCCGUUGACCCUGCAACUGGUUUGGUUGACAGUGUUGCGUACUGUGCCCAGGAGGCCUGGUUGGUCAACGCCACUGUCAAGGAGAACAUCAUUUUCGCAUCCCCUCCUGACGAAAAGCGUUACCGCGCUGUCCUCAAGGCAUGUGCUCUGGAACGCGAUAUUGAAAUACUCGAUGCUGGAGACCAGACACUGGUCGGAGAGAAGGGUAUCAGUCUGUCCGGUGGCCAGAAGCAAAGAAUAUCUCUCGCCCGUGCUGUCUAUAGCAGUGCUCGCCAUCUGCUUCUGGAUGACUGUCUUUCUGCCGUCGACUCUCACACAGCCAAACAUCUCUUCCGUCAAGCUCUUACUGGCCCUCUGAUGUUGAACCGCUCUUGCGUUCUGGUGACCCACAACGUUGCCCUCGCUGUCCCCCAGGCCGAUCACGUUGUCGUCCUGGAAAAUGGAAAAGUCGCUGCUCAAGGUCGCCCCGAUGAUGUCGCUGCUACUGGCGCCCUCGGAGACGAAUUCUUCAAGUCCCGUCCUGGCUCUCGCGCCAGUUCUCGUGGUCUCUCGCGUGCGCCCUCGGAUCGCGAAGAGGACAACGCGGACGAAUCCACAAAUGGAAACGCAAACGGAAUUGCCAACGGAAAGAAGGAUGAGAAGACAGAGUUGGCUGAGAGCAAGGCCACUGGCAGUAUCAAAUGGUCAACUGUUAUCAUGUAUCUGCGCUCCAUGGGUUCAGGAUACUACUGGGUUUUAGCCGUUUCAAUCUUCUGCAUGCAGCAACUUGGUUCGGUGUCGACUAAUAUCUGGAUUCGCCAGUGGGCCAACGCAUACCACACUGCUAGUGCUAACCAGGAGGAUGUUGGUAGCUAUGCCGCUGCAGCUCACCUCAAGCCUCCCACAUUCAACGUUGGCAGUGUUUCCAAGGUGAGCACCUGGGUUCCUCAGCAACUGAGCUCUCGCUUCUCAAGCACUGCCGCAGAUGGCGAGGUCAAUGUGGGUUACUACCUCGGUGUGUAUGCCCUCCUCGGCAUCCUGUAUAUCGCAAUCUCCCUGAGUCGGGAGGCUGUGUUGUUCUGGGGCUCGCUUCACGCAUCCUGGAAGAUCCACGAUCGUCUGCUCAAGGCAGUCAUGCACGCCAAGUUCCGGUUCUUCGACUCUACGCCCCUUGGUCAGCUUAUGAACCGAUUCUCAAAGGAUGUCGAGUCUGUCGACCAAGAAGUUGCUCCUGUCGCCAUCGGCAUGCUUCACAGCUUGGCUUCCGUGAUCAUGAUUGUCAUUCUCAUUUCUGUUAUUACUCCUGGUUUCUUGAUUGCGGGUGUGUUCAUCACUCUCGUGUACACUGCGCUCGGUGCCGUCUACCUGAACUCUUCUCGUGAUCUUAAGCGUCUGGAGUCUGUGCAACGCAGCCCGUUGUACCAGCAGUUUGGCGAAACUCUUAAUGGUAUUGUGACUAUCCGUGCCUAUGGUGAUGGUCCUCGCUUCAUGGUCGAUAACCACCGCCGCAUCAACGCUUACAACCGCCCUCACAUUUAUCUCUGGGCUAGUAACCGCUGGCUUGCUCUGCGUGUCGACUGGACUGGUGCUCUGGUUUCGUUCUUCUCCGCAACCUUUGUGCUACUUAACAUUGGCAAGAUUGAUGCCGGUGCCGCUGGUCUGUCCCUGACGUACGCGGUGACUUUCACUGAGAACGUGCUUUGGCUUGUCCGCCUCUACUCCGAGGUUCAGCAGAACAUGAACUCCGUUGAGCGAGUGCGUGAGUAUCUGGAGGUUGAGCAAGAGGCAGCCCCUGUUAUCGAGGAAAACCGCCCUACGACCGACUGGCCUAGCCAAGGUGCUGUCGACUUCAAGGGUUACACUACCCGCUACCGUCCGGACCUCGAUCCCGUGCUCAAAGAAGUUUCCUUCUCUGUGAAGCCUGGUGAAAAGGUUGGUAUCGUCGGUCGAACCGGUGCGGGUAAGAGUUCAUUGGCUUUGGCACUGUUCCGUGGUUUGGAGGCCGAGAAGGGCCAGAUUGUGAUUGACGGCGUUGACAUUGGCGCAAUUGGAUUGCGGGAUCUCCGUGAAGCAAUCACCAUCGUGCCUCAGGAUCCCACCCUGUUCACGGGUACUAUCCGCAGCAACCUCGACCCCUUCGGCCUGUUCAACGACGCCGAGAUCUUCACAGCCAUCCGCCGUGUCCACUUGAUCGGCUCCGGCGCCUCUGGCGCCACCACGCCCGCAACAUCAAGCACAUUCACCGCCGUCGAGGGCAACGGCAUGAACGGUAGUACCCUCUCCGUCGCCGAUAACAAGAACAUCUUCCACAACCUGGAUAGCCUAGUCUCCGAGUCUGGCUCCAACCUCUCCCAAGGCCAGCGCCAACUCCUCUGUCUCGCCCGCGCCCUCCUCAAGAAACCCCGCGUCCUAAUGAUGGACGAAGCCACCGCUUCAAUCGAUUACGCCACCGACGCCAAGAUCCAAGAGACCCUGCGCGAGCUCCGCGACAGCACAAUCAUCACAAUCGCCCACCGUCUCCAGACAAUCAUCGACUACGACAAAGUCCUCGUCCUAGAUCACGGCCGCGUCAUCGAAUUCGACCACCCCUGGACCCUGAUCACCAAAGAAGGCGGCCUGUUCCGCAGCAUGUGCGACAACAGCGGCAAUAUGGAUGUUCUCCUCGACGGAGCCAAGCGCGCGUUCGCCGCCAAGCGUCUUGUCGACGACUCCUAA